CAUGCUUAGCCGGGAAAUUUCAAUGCUCGCGUCCCAGUAUGUUUAUGGUGGUUGUCCGUCAGAUAAGGCCUGGACACUCGAUGGCCGAGUGAUCGGUGUUAAGGAUACUACGAGAGAUGGGAGGUGGAGUAUUCGUUGGACUUAUGUUGGUGCUGUAUUUUACACAUGCACAGGACGGUCAAGAUGCAGAUGGUUUGUUUCCAGUGGUCUUCAAUCUCGCCUCCCGUGCUCGGAUCAGCGUGAACGCUACGUGUGGGGAUGAUGGGCCAGAGGAGUUCUGUAAACUCGUGGAACAUGUGAAGAUAUUCUCAUCACAAAAUGGCCAUUGUGAUAUCUGUGAUUCAAGAAGUCACAACCGAUACCGAAACCACCCAAUACAAAAUGCCAUCGAUGGCAGCAACAAGAGGUGGCAGAGCCCCACCCUUACUAGGGGGAGGGAGUAUAACUAUGUGACAAUUACCUUAGAUCUGGGGCAGGUAUAUCAAGUAGCAUAUGUGAUAAUAAAAGCUGCCAAUGCACCACGUCCAGGUAACUGGAUUUUAGAACGAUCCAUAGAUGGCAGCACUUAUACACCGUGGCAGUAUUUUGCGAUGUCCAAGGCAGAUUGCCGACAUGUUUACGGCAUCGAACCCACAAUUGGGAUCCCCACUUCUCUCAGGGAUGAUGAAGUUAUUUGUACAACACGGUAUUCUAGACUUAACCCAUUGGAAAAUGGUGAGAUUUUUGUUUCUCUAGUCAAUGGGAGACCAGGUGUGAGUCAGCCCAGUCCGGUGCUACUGGAAUUUACCUCUGCUAAAUAUAUCCGUCUGAGAUUACAGAAAAUACGCACACUCAAUGCAGAUCUGAUGACUCUGCAGAGGACCAACUACAAGGACAUAGACCCAUCAGUCACCAGAAGGUACUUCUAUUCACUGAAGGACAUUUCUGUUGGGGGACUGUGUAUCUGCUAUGGACAUGCCAUGUGGUGCCAGCGACACAGCAGCUUGCCAGAUAGGAUGCAGUGCCAGUGUCAGCACAACACAUGUGGAGAUAACUGUGAACUGUGCUGCCCCGGCUACCACCAGCAGGUCUGGCAGAGAGGACGCAAUGGCAAAACCAUUGAGUGUGAAAAAUGUAACUGCCACAACAAAGCUGAUGACUGUGUGUACAAUGCCACGAUUGCUGCCCUUGGUCUGAGUCUCAACAUCCAGGGCCAGUACAGUGGAGGCGGUGUCUGUCUCAACUGCAGGGAGUUCACCACGGGAAUAAACUGUGAGAAGUGUGUGGAGGGGUACUACCGCCCCCGGGGAAUGACGCCCUCCUCCUCGUACCCCUGCCGACCGUGUAACUGCCAGGAAACCAGAACGUCUACCUCACAAUGUGUGCUCGAUGACAGCUUCAUCCACAAGGGUUUGAAUCCAGGAGACUGUGUGUGUAAGCCAGGGUUUGGUGGUCCUCAGUGCUCACAGUGUGCUUUUGGUUACUAUGGCUACCCAAACUGCCGUCUCUGUCUUUGCAAUCCGGCUGGAAGUGUUAACCCGGAGGAUUGUGGCAGAUCCUGUAUUUGUAAGAACCAUGUUGAAGGGCGGAAGUGUGAUCAUUGUAAACCAGGCUACUACCACCUGGACCGGAACAACCCGGACGGCUGUACACAGUGUUUCUGUUUUGGAGUCUCCUCUGUCUGUGACAGCGCCGACUGGGCUCUUGUACACGUGACAGAUUUGACAGGUUGGACAAUUUCUACACUGGAGAAUGGUGGAAUCACCUUGUUGCCACAGAAACGUGAUGGCUGGUUAAUGGCUAAAAUAUUUUUGCUGAACAAUAACAGUCCUCGUUUAGAAUCCUCGGGUUGGUCUCAGCAAGCCGAUAUACACUACUGGGUGGCAUCCAUGAUGUUUCUUGGUAACAGGCUUUCAUCGUAUGGAGGAACAUUGUCCUAUGUGAUGAAGUAUACCAUUGAUGACGAUAUUGACAUUCGGUACCACCUCAGUGAACCCGAUGUUAUAAUAGAGGGAAAUGGUAUAAAGAUUUCCAAUGGGCGCCAGUUCCUGCGUGAGACAAUGGAGAACAAGGUCAGUGUGAGGCUGCACGAGUCUGCGUGGAAGAAGCUGGGCAGAGACAACCAGCAGGAGGAGCCCAUCUCGAAGAAACAGUUCAUGAUGGUCCUACAGAACAUCAACCGACUCCUCAUCCGGGCCAGCUACCACACCGCUCAGGACAGUGUCUUCCUCAAAGACGUCUCGUUGGAGAUGGCGAGUCCACUGAGUCUGAGUAACAUCACUAUGUUGACAGUGGAGCAGUGUCAGUGUCCAGACGGGUUUGCUGGGCUGUCGUGUGAGAGUUGUGCUCCUGGGUACCGCCGUUUGAAUGAUGUUUUGUACAAGGGCGUCUGUCAAUCCUGUAACUGUCACCGACAUGCCGAGACAUGUGAUUCACUCACAGGGAAGUGUCUGAACUGUCUGCACAACACAAUGGGUGACAGAUGUGACCGAUGUAUUCCUGGUUUCUAUGGCGACCCCCGACGAGGACUGUCGACCGACUGUAAACCCUGUGCCUGUCCGCACCCUAACAGUCAGGCCAACUUGAUAGGGGGCUGUGUACACAAAGCCACACCUGCAGACUCGGAGGAUUAUGAAUGUCUGAAGUGUCCUGUAGGCCAGACAGGACGGCACUGCGAAAUCUGUAUGCCUGGGUAUUACGGUAAACCUGACAAGCUGGGAGGCCGUUGUCAGCCAUGUCAGUGUAGUGGAAACAUCAACCUGCAGGUGCCAGGAGCGUGUGACCCAGUCACGGGCAAGUGUCUGAGGUGUUCAGAAAACACAGAAGGAGAGUUCUGUGAGAAGUGCAGUUCGGGGUACUUCGGAUCAGCUUUGCAGGGAAACUGUAGAGCGUGUGAAUGCUAUGGCGGUGGAUCCUACUCCAAGGACUGUGACCCUCAGACUGGUCAGUGUUCCUGUAAACCCCUGUAUGCUGGACGCCAAUGUAACAAGUGUCAGCCCGGGUAUGGAAACAUUCAAGAUGGCUGCCCACGUUGUCAUUGUGAUAGGACUGGUUCCCGUGACCUCAAUUGUGAUCCAGUAACAGGGCAGUGUUCUUGUCGGCGUGGAAUUGGAGGCCUCCACUGUGAUGAGUGUAGAGAUGGCUUCUAUGGACACAGUGGCAUGGGUUGCAGAGAGUGUGAGUGCUAUGGGCCGGGGACCAGCAGAACCAAUCUAUGUGAUCAGCAGACUGGCCAGUGCAACUGUCGACCCAAUGUUGUUGGACACAAGUGUGACAGGUGUCAGGUUGGUUACUGGGGCAUUGAGUCGAGGACUGGGUGCGUGGCUUGUAGCUGUCACAACGUGGGCUCCACCAGCCCCCAGUGUGACGUGAACACUGGACAGUGUCCAUGUCGUGUGAACGUCGGCAGUCAGCAGUGUGACCGGUGUCUGCCGGGAUAUUACGGGAUGUCAUAUGGAGGAUGUCGGAGGUGUGAGCCAUGUAAUGAGCCAGGUCAUAUCUGUGACCAGAAGACUGGUAAAUGUGUGUGUCCGCCCAACACUCGCGGCCCUCGGUGUGAGGAGUGUAUUGACACAGCGUGGAACUACACCAGUGAAGGAUGCAAGGUGAAUGUGAAAGGGCCUUCCUGUUCCGAGUGCAGAAGGAACUCAUUCAGCCUGGACCCUGAGAACCCUAAAGGGUGUACAGAGUGCUACUGCUACAAAAGGUCGCGAGACUGCUUUCAGGCCCGUUACGUGUGGCACACUAUGACCAUUCCGAUUCAAAGGGUUGCAAUUGGACCAGUUUCCACAAUAUCUGCGAUCUACAAACACAUAUACCAAGUGAUACCAACAGGAGCCAGAAGGGUUUCAGUGGUAGCGACAUCAGCCAAGCAACCACUUUAUUGGGAUUUGCCAAAUACCACACACGGUGAUAUGACCCUCUCCUACAAUGGCCAGCUGGACUUCUUGCACUACUUUGAGGGUGAAGACUUUGCUGGGUUGUCAAGUCAAGACAGAAAGCUGCCCUUGGUGUUGCUUAUUGGCAAUGGUUUCAUCAUUGCUUACGGACACAACAUUAGCCUUGAAUCCAAGCAUCCUCAGGCUUUGUCUGUGAAGCUCCAUGAGGGUUUCUGGAGAAUUCCUGGUCGCACAAGUCCUAUAAGCCGAGGUUUGAUGAUGGUGGUUUUACAGAACGUGCAGUCUAUUCUUGUGCGAGCCACAAACACAGGACAUGCCACUUAUGCAGAGUUAGGCCCUAUCAGUCUUCAGGUGGCUGAACCGCUGUCGCCAAACGGAACAGGUGAUGUUGCCAUGGGAAUAGAGCAGUGUGUUUGUCCACCUCGGUACAGUGGACUCUCUUGUCAGAAUCCAGCCCCUGGCUACUACAGGGAGAGGCGGAAUGAUACGACUGACAUCACAACACCAGAGCGAGCUAUCGGCGGAGUUCGGCCGUGUCAGUGCUAUGAUCAUUCCAGCGACUGUCACUCAGAAACUGGCAUAUGUCAGAACUGUCAGCACAACACAACAGGCGUGCACUGUGAGCAGUGUCUGCCCGGGUAUUUUGGUGUAGCCACGCGCGGCUCUCCCUGGGACUGUGCUCCCUGCCAGUGUCCACGUACUGAACCGUCUAACAAUUUUAGCCCGACCUGUGUGGAUAUGCGUGGUGUCCUGGUCUGUACGAACUGUUCUGAGGGUUAUGCUGGUCGAAGAUGUGAGAGAUGUGCUCCUGGUUACUGGGGCAACCCAUUGGAGGUUGGGAACACGUGCAAGCCAUGUGACUGCAACAAGGAAGGUUCUACUGACGAGAACUGUGACGUGCACACCGGCCGCUGCGACUGUCUGCCGGGUAUUCAGGGCUUGAAGUGUGAUGCCUGCGGCCCCGGACAUGCCGUCCUGAAUGGCUCCUGCAUCUCUUGCUACGAUGGCUGCACUGGUAUUCUGCUGGAGGACUUGACUAACAUGAAUGCCUCAGUUAUAAAUCUCAACAUCACCGCCCCUCUUCCCUGGAGACCACUCAGAUAUUUACACAACCAAACUAUUGAAUUAUGGGAAAGAAUGAAUUCUUCCAAGGGAGCUCGUAGUGGUGAUUUAGCCGACUUCAGGAAUGAAACCAAUUUCCUACAAGAAGUGGCUGAAAGGCUCAUCAAGAGGUCUGAAGAGACAACCGCAUUGGUAGAUGUACUGGAUCGAAAUGCAACAGUUCUGUUUAAAAAUUCUACUGACUUGGAAGAUGAAAUUGUCAAACUGUUUGCGGAUAUAAAAGAUGACACUGAGAAACUGGAGAGUCUUGUUGAGAAAUUGUUUUACAAUCAGUCAGGAGUUAACAUCACAGCAGCAUUCCAGGAGGCUAAACACAUACUGGAUGAAAUUCUCGGCAGAGAUUUCUCACCCAUAGAUGCAGAAAUUUAUAAUGAAAACAGGUUGGCUGAGAAACUGUCAGAGAGAAUACAAAAGCUUUGGAUGAUGAACUUGAACACAAGUGGGGUGAUAGCCAAACUUGCUGAUGCUCAAAAGAGACUUCAAGACUUGCACGAUUUAGCUAAAACUGCCAAAGAAAAGUCGGAACAAGUAAUCAGUGAGGAGGUUCUGAAAUAUGGUGCAAAGUUGGCUAUCGUUGAAGAUUUGUUGGCAGAAAUUUCCACAAUCAAGGAAGACACAUCGGAACUCCUGAAAGAUGGGACAUAUUAUAUAUCAGAAGCCAGGGAUCUCCUCGACAGACUUCUGGAAAAUCUUCUGACAAUAGGACGAGAAUAUUCUACCCUUGAAGCAGUAACUGACAGACUGAUGGCCAUAUUUAAUGACAUGCAGAGAAAACUGCCGAGGUCGAAGCAGUUAACUAAGGACGCGUGGAGACAUGCUAGGGAGCUGCAGAAAUACGCUCAAGAUUUAGACGCUCUGUUUGUGAAGACACGGGCCGAUGCAGAAGCACCUAUAAAAGCAGCAAAGGUUUACCAGAAUAUUGUCGAUGCCAUCAAUCAAGCUGAAAAGGCUGCCAAGAAUGCAUUGAAAACUUCAAAGGAAUCUGUCAAAAUUGCAAUGAUUGAAACACUGAAGAAUGAAGUGGCAAAUUCCAUCAGUAGAAGCCGAGAAUUGAUGCGCAAAGCUAAUCACACAAUGGAACAGGGGGUUGGAGGUCUCAGUGCUGACCUGGUGUUCCUGGAGGGAGACCUCAAUGCUGUAAUGAUGCAGCAGACUGAUUCCAGAAACAUGCUCAACAUGAUCAAUGCAGACCUGGACCGCCUACCAACAGAUUUGAGUAGUAAAAUUGAUCAUGUUCUGAACCGUGUGUAUUUGGUUAGUGAAAGAGCUAGCAAUGUUUCUCUUGGUGUUGAGAGCAUCAUAGACAAGGUCCACGACCUGCAACCAAAGAUUGAGGACAUCAAACGCUUUGACCUUGACUCCAUGAUCUACCAGAUCAGAGACUCCACUAACAAGGCUAGAGACAACAUGGAACUUCUGAAGAACAUAACGGCAGAACUGGAUGCUGACCAUAAACUGGCUCAGGCCUAUCGUCUGCAGUCAGGUUUGACAAGGAACCUGGCUGAACUCAAAGAAAGAAUUAAAGUGUCUAGAGAACUGGCUAACAAUAUGAAACUGUCACUGAAGGGUGAUGGCAAGUGUGCUCGAUCCUAUCGCCCUGUCAGUCAGCCGAGUGUCACCAACAUGAUCAGCUUUGGUUUUAAACUGAACAAGUCACAGGAUAACAUGCUGUUCAUUCUGGCACAGAAGUCACCAAAGGAAUAUCUUGCUGUUGAGUUGCGGAACAAUCAGGUUCGCUUCACCUGGAAUGUCGGUGGUGGUAUGGGGGAGAUAGUCCAUGACCAGGAAAUCAAAGUUGCUCUACCUGAUGAUCCCGAGGGACUGAAGUGGUACAGGGUGAUUGCAAAGAGGAUUGCUCGUAUUGGUCUUCUUAAAGUCUGGCCCAUAAUAAUAUCGGAGAGUACUGCUAAAGAGCAGAGUGGAACCUCGCCUGUUGGAUAUUCUGUGAUGAAAUUUGAUGAAAAUUCAGAUCUUUUCUUUGGGGGAGUAAAUGCAGACUAUUCUGUGCCUCCAUCAGUGAGUUCCAAAAACCUCACCGGGUGUAUGGGAGCAGUGGUGAUUGAUGGGAAUGGUGUUGGUACGUUUCACUUCAAGGAAUCAGCCCCAUCGUGUAAAGCUUGUAGCGAUGUACCAAGAGUGCCAGUCAGCUCCAAUGAAUAUCACUUUGAUGGGAAGGGCUAUUCUAAAAUGCCAAGGGCAUCUAGGUUUCGCAGUGAGCGCAUCAACAUUGCAUUUGAAUUCAAGACCUACUGGGAAAAUGCUUUGUUUUACUUUUCUGGUAACCCUGAAAUGGGAGAUUUUAUUUCUGUUGAAUUACGAGAAGGAAAAGUGGUCUUCCAAUUUUAUACUGGCGGCGUGAGUCUAGGAAGAGGUGAAACCAAAAACACAUACAACACAAACAAGUGGGUCAAAGUCCAGAUCGAUAGAAGAAAUUAUAAAGCACUGCUGAAGGUAGACAAUGUGGAGUCUGUGCUGAUAGAGGCACCACCUGGUAACAAAGAUCUGAACUUGAAGUCAAACCCUAUGUACUUUGGUGGUAUUCCCGACAGUCUGGACCUCACACCAUACAAACGAUUAUUGGCAGAAGAAAAUGUCAGGACCGACAUUGAGAGAACCAACUUCCUGGGCUGCAUGCGGAGUGUGGGCGUAGGAGGCUUCAGCUCAACUCUUCAGGAUCUCUUUUCUGGGAACUAUGUCGGAAUGACCCCCGGCUGUAAAGACACUGGCAUUCGUAAAGCUGGUUUUUAUGGUGAUGGAUUUACCACUUUUAAAGGAGAAAACAUGCCAAAGAAUAGUGGUGAUGUCUCAUUAUCUUUUGUGACAAAACAAAGUGAUGCUUUGCUGCUUCUAGCCAACAGUGUUGACCAAAGUAACUACUAUUCAUUAUCUUUGGUGGACGGACAUAUAGAAGGACAUUUUUCAGCGGGAGGGAAACCUGUAAUUCUGACGGCACCAGGGAAGUGGAAUGAUGGGAAAGUACACAACAUUGCUGUCGUUAAAAUCAACAAAAAAUUAGAAAUGCUGGUUGAUGACAGGAAGAUGGCUCACGGUCAGCUAUAUCGAGCUAUAGACCUCAAACAGAAUGGUCAGAUGUACGUGGGAGGGGUUCCGCGAGGGCUGGAUAUCUCUUCAAUGGUUGCCUCCGAUCAACCACUCAAAGGUUGUGUCAGCGACAUCGUUAUCAAUGGAAAAUUGUUGAACAUGAACCUGCCAGUGCAGUAUGAACGAGCCGACAUCGGCCGAUGCGUCUACAAUAUCAAUGGAGCCGGGGAGUUCAACGGCACAUCCCCACUGCUGCCGUUCCCCAUCAUUCCUGGAACCUCUUUCCCCCUCAAAGCUGCCUCUACAACGUCUUUGUAUUUUACCACAACCACCACUACACCAGCUACAACCACAGCAAGAGCCACCACGGCACGUCCAAUUAGGGUCACUGAAGCAACCACAACACCAACCACUACCUCACCUACUAGGGUGCCAAAGAAGGUUACCACAGAGUUGACUGGAGGUGGGACCGAGGGCCCCAGUACUUGCAUCAUGUCAAACCCUGACGUUAAAGAAAAGAAUGCAAUGACGUUCGGAAAUAGUGAUUCCAGUUAUGCAGAGAUUAAGAUAAAGAAGAAAGAGGUUUCUAAGAACUUCAGCAUCACCUUUCAGUUCCGAACAUUCUACCCAAAUGGAAUGUUUUUCUUGUUGACUAAUUAUGAGCAAUCGGAUUUCUUCGCUGCACAGUUGAAAAAUGGAAAUGUUGAGGUUACAUUUGACAAUCAAGGAUUUCAACAGACCAUUGUCUCCAGUGGUAACUAUGCUGAUGGAUUGUGGCACUCGGUGAGUGUGAACAAAGGAAGUAAGAAUAUCCACCUAUCUGUGGAAAACCAGAAACGUCUCCGUGCCAAAAUCAAGAGACGGCUUAAUGUAGCAACACCCAUGUACGUUGGUGGAGUGCCUGACCCAGAGACUCUGAAAGCAGACCUGGUUACUCAUAGUGUUCGGGGAUGCAUUCGGAACUUCUUCAUCAACAAGGAGUACAUAGAUUUUGCUGACAUUAGGACUGUCCGGGGCGUGUUUCUCUGCAGCAAGGACGUAGAACCAGGAGCAGGUUUUGCAGGAAUCUCAUGGGGAAUAUUUGCUCAUCAGUUUGAGGUUGGAGAAAAUCUAAAGGUUAGCCUUGAGUUCCGUACAUCGAAACAAAAUGGUAUUAUACUAACAGUCAGCAGUGACGGAGGCCAAGUGGGCAUGACGUUAGAACUGUACAACGGACGGGUUCAGUUUAGUCUUAAAAACGAGGAAGGGGUGCAGCCGUUUACAGCUCGUUCUUCCAACCAGAACUUAUAUGUAGCAUGUGAUAAGACGUGGCAUACGGUUAAAGCCCAGGUGUUGCGGAACGUUAUUAGUGUACAGCUAGACAACAUGUCGGAGGUGUUUGUACCGAGUCCCGGCAACGUACGCAAGACCAAAACCAACAGUCCACUCUUUAUAGGAGGCUACCCAUCCAGCUUUGCUCCUCAGGGUGCCGCUUCCUCCAAUGUAGGGUUCGAGGGAUGUAUGCGCAAUCUCAGCAUCAAUGGAACAGUGGUGGACUGGUACCAGCUGGUGGAUAUCAGUGCAAUCCAGAGAACUGCGUGUCCUUCUUUCUAACGUGUGUGCACAAAACCUCAAUAAUUUACAAUGUAGACUCUUACUGAUAGUUAAUUCAAAUAUAUCACUGGUUAGUCAUGAGUAACUAUGCCAAAUCAAAUAUCUGUAAAUUCAAAUAUAUCACUGAUGUGACUAUGCAAAAUCAAAUAUCAGUGGUUAAUCAUGAGUAACUAUGCAAAACCUGAUUGGUUUAUCAUACAAACCAUCAUUAAUUAGCCAUUCAAACCUCAUUGGUUAAUCAUCUCUGUAUACUCUUGCUCAUUGGCUAGCUAUCUUCAGCUAUCUUCAUUACAGAGAUACAAGUUUUGAUUGGCCAACUGGAAUUUUGUGAUAUGCAAAUGAAACACAACUACAUCAAGCUGUUUGCAAUCAUGACUAUUGUUAACACUGUUUUGCAACUUGAUAUUUGAUGGUAUCUUUUUCUUCAUUAAUCAAUCUGUAUGUGAAUAUACUAGUAUCUAUUUAUUCUUAUCCUACAUAAACUGAAUUAAUGUGAUGGCUGAAUUUUAACUUGCAGAACUUAUAAGUGAAAGCCAUUGUGAAAGUUGUGUAUUUUGUAGUUAUUCAAGAAUUGUAUAUAUUAUAUAUUCAUGGCUCUUCCUGUGCUGUUACAUGAUGGUAUAUACAUGUAACUAUUUAAUAACUGUUGUCUGUUUCAUUUAAUCAUUUGUAAUAUAUUUAGGUCUUUUUGUAUUUAUUAAAACAUUUCGUCUACAUCAGUUUAUCACAACAAUCACUGUACAAUGUGAAAGAGAGAAAGAUUUUCAUGGUAGAAAUUCACUCUACAAUUUUCACCCUUGUCAUUUUGCCAUAAGAGGGUUUGUUUUUACAGUUCUGAAAAUGUUCUCAAGUGUAUAUAAUGGAGAAUGUACUCAUGAAAAAUAAUUCACAAUCCCUGUAUGGGCGAGUUGAUUUUUUUUUUUAAUCUACACUUCCAAGUGCAUCUCCAACUUAAUCCAUUAUUCAUUAAAACAAAUUACGUGACUGCUAAAUAAACUACUAUUUUAUCUUUUUAAAUCAAAAUAUUGGUUAAAAUAGCAAAGAAUAUUUACAGAACUAACAACCCAAAACCAUAGGAUCCUUUCGGACGUAACCUGAUCUAUUCGAUCACAAAAACAUCAGCAGUGCAUAGUUGGCAUUGAGUGUGAUGCACAUGCUAAACAUGUAACCUCCGAUUUCCAAUUUCGAUUCCAACAAUCUUCGCUGUGUUCCACCAGAAUACCUUACUAUCACUAGUAUCAGGUUUAGGAGGCUUAUUUACAUGUUUAUUUGAUGAUAUAGAUGUUUGGCCUCGUGGGCUAAAACGUUGUACUUGUUUACAAUGAAUAAGUUCUGUUAGUAGUGGGUUCGAAUCGCUGAUCUGAAUGUAUAAAAAGUUCAAAUUGCACUGUUUCGCACCUGUUGAUUCUUGAAAAAUAAUCUACACCUAGAACAAUGGUGUGACAUCACAGGUAUGGAUUAACAAAGAAUAUUACUUUUUUCAUAGCUUCUCAUCUCCUAAAAGUGUGCAUCAAAAAUAUUGAUUUUUACAGACUAUUAUUUUCGUUUUAAAAGCAUAAGCUGUCAUUAAGCUCCUCCAAGCUUAUGGCUUGUGACCUUGUGAAAAUGUUGUUGACUGUAAAUGCCCCACUAUUUGUGACUAUUAAAUAGGAACACUUUUGUGAAGUACUGUUUAACAAUAAUUAAAUAAUUUUGGGCUGCAAUCCCAGGUUUUCAAACUUACUGGUUAGUAAUAUUUUUCUUCAGUUUCUAAGGUUUUUCCUAUUAGAAAAUUGCACUAAGUAAAUCUUUGAAAUUUCUGUUUUUUUGUAUAUAUUGCAUAAAUGAAAAAAGGCUGUAGAUAGUACAGAUAAUUGUAUAUAGUGUACAAUCAUUUCAUAGACAUUGAAACAUCGAAGUGCAAAUAUUUUAUUACCAGUUGUUAUUACGUUCUUUAUGUUGUGGUUAUUUACUCAGUUCAUGUUGAUCUGCUUAAUAACAUGGGAGAUAACUUUAUAUCUCCUGCCCAGGUUCGCACAGCAAUGUGACCAUUGGCUUUUUUUAUGGUUGACACAUGGACAAUGUUAUUUGUUCUUUUGUAAUCUCAUUGGUGCAAGCAUAAAUAAGGUUUUAAAAAAUGAUUAAAAAUUCUUUUUUAAUGUUAUAAAUAUUAUUGUUGGAAUAAAAAUAUAUUCUUUUAGAGUAUUAUACAAACAGAAGGUAUCAAAACAGUUGCAAAUAUUUGGAUUUUAAAACAUGUACUAGUUCUUAAUUUUCUGUAUUUACUGUACAAUAUUAUAUUAUACUGCUGAAUAAGAAACUGUUUCAAGGUUACACUUUUGAAUAUGCAUAACAUGAAACAAUUAAAACCCAUGUGUUUUCACUAUUUUAUAUUUUAAUAUUAAAAUAAUAAUAAUAAUUAAAAUGUCACGUGGCUCGCAUAUCAGAUGCAUUUUUAAAUUCUUGGUUUAUUAAAUUUUAGACAUAUAUUUCCAUAAGGGUGUAUUCCUGAUAGUUUCAUUUUAACCCAGUAUAGAUUUUUUUAAUGUGAAUACAAAUUGCAGCCAACACAUUUUGUGUAUAUUCAGAAAUAUGUUACUUUUGUGCAUAAUAUCAUUACUGUUGUCAUAUUUAAUUACUAUAUUUAUUUUACUGACAUUGUAUUAAUCAUAUUGUGUUCCUAAUUUUUGCAGUGAUUGACUUUUAAUAAUACCAGUUGAUUAUUAUAAAACUGACACUUUAAACCUUUACUCAUUAUUAUAUGACUUAAAGAAUGAAUCGUUUUAGUAAGUUUGAUGAUUUUACUAGUUCAAGCAAUUUUAUUUCUUUUUCAUAUCGAAUCUCAGCUAUAUCGUAUUAUCAAUGUGAUUUCUCUUUUGACACCCUAUCAGGUUUUUUGUUUAAGUUAUUUUACACCAUUUAAUGUAAAUCAUGACAUCUUCUGAAACUUUAAAUCAUUAUUACAGUUGUCAAAGUUUGAUUCUCCAUAUAUAUAUAUAUAUAUAUAAAAUUUUGUGUUAAAAAAGGAUGUAAACUGUGGAAACUAAGCAGUAACAUCUAAACAUAAACCAACUUAGUGUUACUGUUUAAACUUUUGUUUUACUGGAAGCUGAUCAAAUGUUCUGAAUAACUUAAAUAUUGAUCACUAUUCAAUCAAAAAGAGUUCAAUUUGAAAACUCAGAUGAAAACAUUGAUUUAUUAUUAAUUUAUGUCAAAUAACUUAACAGAAGUAAUUUUAUAACCAACAUAAAAAUCACAGCAUUCAUUUUAUAAACGUUACAACAUGAAAAUCAUAAUAUCAGCAGUACUAUAAAAGUUGAGCAUAUCCAUUCAAAAGUCAAAAUUAAAAUUAGUUUUUGUUAAAUUGUUUUGGUUGAGUUUAGUUUUUCUAAUUUAAAUAUUAAAAUGAUUUUUUUUCCAAAAUGUUUAGGUGUAUUAGCUAAUACAAAUGACAAAAAUACCCACACAUUUAUCAGAUGUGUAGUACCAGUAUGUAAUAUGCUUCAUAAAUUAAAAAAAACAAUUGAUGUUAACAUUCUUUAUUGGAUGAAAUUCAGGUUAGUUGUAUGAGGACAUAAAAACAAUGUCAUAUCUUUUCUAAUUGAUCAUGUGCCAUGGUGUAAUUUUAUUAUCGAAUCAAGUGCUUCUUGUUAUAUGUUGUCUGUAAAUGUACUUUUGUUUCUCAUUUACUACUGCAAGCACUUAUGCUGAAAUAAAUUUGAUCUGUUUUGUGUUUAUUUUAUGAUUAUUUUACUGUAUUUAUAGCAUGGCAUUGCCAGCAACUCAAAAGACAUCUUAAGAGUCAUAGUGAAGGUUAUAUUUAUUUAUUAUCUUCUCAUCUAGUACCUAUAUUUAAAAUUCUGACCCUAAUGAUACUCAAUGAUUCUUAUAUAUUUUAAACCAAGAUUACUUUUCGACCAUUUACUGAAUUAUGGAGUUGAAAAUGAAGGUUACUUUUCACAACUAAAACCUUUAAUAUUAAAUGCACAUAUUAUUGUUUCCAAUGUUUUCAAUGCUAGGUACUACUUAAACAUUGGAGUUUGAUCUUGUGGCUGUACAAUAGGGCUCAAAAUCAUGAAUACACCUGAAUGUCGUGGUUCAUGUACUGUGAAAAUACACUGCAGGGUUAUUCAACAUCAGCUGCAUAUGAUUUGUGUUCAUAACAAAUACUGAACUUUGACCUCAGAGGCUCCAUUUUGAACCAUGGCCAUUUGAUGUGUAUUUGAAGGGUGGGGAGGAUUACACUGAAAUUGCUGUGUACUAUAAACAAAACUUUUUCUCAAAAUAGACUACCGUAUUUCCUCUAAAAUUAUGACACCUCCAAAAUUUAGACCGUUAUUUUUCAAUGCCAAACUAUUUAUAAAAUGUCCUUGGUGAUUCUUGCAACAGGAGUCUAAAACCACAUUCUGGGGAUCGUGACAUGGUCAUUUUCAAACAUUCUUUGUCCAUUGCAUGACAUUAUGGAACUUGAUGUAGAAUGUCUUUGAAUGGUGCUUGCUGGUCAGGUUUCAGAUACAUUUACAUUUUGUUUAUUGGUUAUUUAUCUGAUGUUCAUUUUAACAGUAAGUUAUUGUGCCCCUGUCUUGUCAUUGAUGCUAUCAUUAUGUUAGCUAUCAGUCAUGCCAUUUUAUUAGUAUUUUUAAUUUCUACAAAUGUUUAUAAAUUACCUGUAAUUCAAAAGUAGGUACAUUUUAUUAUGUUGCCUACUUUUUAUUUACUUAUUACAUGUUAGUGAGAACUGGAAUAGUAGCUGCCUGCAAGCAUAAUAAAGAUAUACUUUCGCUUUCUGUUGUAUGUUUACCUGUAGUUUACAUCAUGUACAGCAUAUUACUACUUGUAGCUUUAUUUUUAACAAGAUAUACUUUAUUCCCAUUCAUUGAUGUGUUCAUCAUUUUAUUCACUGUUAGUGAAUGUUGUAUUCAAUGUUUAUAAAAAUGUUAAUUAAAUUGUAUAAACUUGAAAAA